AUAUAUUCGAUUUUGUUUUUAGAGAGCUUAGAACACAUGGAUUCGAGUGAGAAGACGUAGCGUCUGGCUGAUAAGCACUCGAUCAACUUUGUUUUCCUAUCAAUUAUUUACCAAUCAGUUGUUACUGAAGGCACCAGUAACUCUCAAGGAAUUUGUAUUGGAACGGCACACCUCGCAAACGUAGUAACCUCAAUGGCUGAAUCAAAUCAAGAUGCGUUGUCCACCGAGGCAUUUCGAGCGAAGAAAGCAGCCGGGUCGCCGGGAUCUGCCACUAAAUCAACAGACAGGCAUUCACGCAAAGCCACUGCGAACUCAUCAAAUCCCUCAAUUUCAAACUCAACAUCGGCGCUAUCAAGGCCAAGUAGUGCAAGCAGAACAAACUCAGCGAAGCGAUAUGUAUCCAGUGAAAAUUUAAGUGUACAGGUGGGUAGAGAUCCUCCUCCACUGGAUGAAAGACAAGAAAAGGUCAAGCUUCUCCGAGAAAAACAGGCCGAGGAGAGGCGGAGAAAAAAUGAGGAACGUAGAGCGGCGUUCGAAGAAAGAAGGCGUAAAAAGGAGGAGGAUGAGAAAGAAAGAUGGAGUACAAUGAAGGACCAAGCAGCCAAACAAAAGACUAAUUCAGCACCCUUAAAACCAGGCACUGGUAGAAAACUGCCAACUCUACCUCAAGAAGUUGGUGCCAAGCGACCAGGCAGUGCUGUAGAGCGCCCAUCUUCUUUACCGAAGCCAUUGGCGAGACCUUCAAGUGCUUCUUCUGCUAAAAGUCCUUCUCAUAGUAGUACUAGUGCUGACAGCUUAUCUGGUGGUUCAACACCGAAAGAAUCUCCUACUACUACCCCCAGUGGCUUGCAACCGAAAAAGUCUCUAGGGGUUAGCAAGUCUGUGUCAGCAAGUAAUUUGAACAAUGCAUCUGUAGCAAAUCGCAGGGGUAGUGGUAGUUCUUUACCUCAAAGGCCAUCAUCUGGCACCAAGCCCAGGACACGGUCAACAUCAUCGCAUGCUCCAGCCUUGACAUUGGAUAAGCAGAAUACUAAAAACAAUAAUAAAAGUCAAGAAUCACUCUUGUUGCCAGGAGGAAAGCUCACCAAAUCUCACUCUACCAGUUCUAUUCACAGAGUUGGUGCACAUAAAAGCACUUCGGAGAAAAACCAGAAGACUGAAACAAAGCCUAAAGCUGGCGUCACAGAUGAAGCAACUGCCAAACAAGCAUUAGCAGAGAGGAGAAAGAAGGCAAGAGAAGAAGCAGAGAGACAGGCUGCACUGGAUAAAGAGCGACAGGAAGCUGAAAGGUUGAGAAAAGAAGAAGAGGACAGGAAGAGAGCAGAGGAAGAAGCCAAAGAAGAAGCAAGGAUGCGUGAACUAGCUGAGCUUUUGCGCAAGCAGGAAGAAGAGAGAUUGAGAAUAGCAGCAGAGGAGAAAGAGAAGCAUGAUCAAGAAGAAGCAGAGAGAGCUGCUGUUGAAAAGAAACGUAAAGAAGAAGAGGAACAGAAAGCAAAAGAAGAGGAAGAAAGAAAAGCUCAAGAAGAAGAAGAGAGACGAAAAAAGGAAGAGGCUGCAAGACUGGAGAGAAAAAGGCGGGUAGAACAAAUUAUGAGUCGAACAAGACAAACAGCAAGUCCUAUCACCACAGAGGAAAGCAAUCCUUCUGCUGCACAAGAGGCAAUAGAUCCAGAAGAUACAAAAAGGAAAGUCAAUGAAAUCCUACAGAAAGUCAAAAGUCAAAGUGCAAUGCCCAGUCAGAUGGAAGGCAAUUUUUCUUCAUUGGUUAACAGUGCUGAAGAAUCACCGCAAGAGGAUGAUAAUGAAUUGGAUACUGAAGAAACAGUGAAUGUUACGUCAGACAAUAUAUUGAUGGUUACAUCAAGUAAUUCUUCAGCUGAAUCAACUUUUCUUCCUGUGCAUGUCAAUGGAGUUCAUGCUUCUGGUUCAGAUGAUUUGUGUAGUUUAUCAACAAGUGAUGAUGAUAAUGAGAAGCAUGUGUCAUUUACAGUUCCUUUAAUAACAGUUGAACAAGAGAUAACAGAUGCAAUCACUGCAAAUAGAAUGACAAGUAAUGAACAUGAAAAGGAGAACAUUUCAAAUCAAUUUAAUGAUGGGUCAUCAACAAUACAGGAAUGUAAUGUCAAUGGGACAGAGCAGGUGUCUGAAAAUGAUGAACUGCUUGACACAGAAAACACUGUGAGGCAUGUUCCUGAAACCAGGCAAGACAUCACUUUUAGUAAGUCUGGAUCUCUAAGCAAAGAUUUAAAUGGUGUGGACGAUGAGGAGGUGCUCUGGAAACAAAUAGAGGCUACCAUGAAAACAAGGCAGUCCUAUGCAAUUGAGACCCUUGAGAAUCUGGGUGUGGUUUCUGAAGGUGACGAUGAUGAAGACAGUGAAGAAGGACAGCUGUGGAAAAUAGUUGAAGGAAAGGCAAAGCUAGCAGAGGUUGUGUGACAAUAAAACUAGAAACAUAAGACUCAACAGUAAUGAUGGGAUGCAAGAUGUCCCAAGUUUUUUUUAAUGUAACUUAAAGGAGCUUUGUUACCAUAAAUAUGGGUUGUACAAAUAGUAAUUUUAAAGCAAAAAGUUUUGAAUUCUUCCAAGUUGGUCUCAAGCCCUGUCUUUACAAAAACAAAAAAAAAAGGCACAAAAUUCUAUUAAACUGAGAGGUAAAAAAAUGUCAAUUAUGUUUGAUCAACCUCAAAGAAAUACCAGGAGAAGGGAAUUAAAUUUAUUAUUUUCACCAUUUCUCCAGCUGUAGCCAAACACCUGUGAAAACUGAGAAGAUUGUUGCAUCAUUUCUGAGACUUAGAUCCCCUUGUUCUGUUUAAGUAUCACUUAAUUUUUUUUUACAAGUUUUAUUCUCUUGUUACAGCUUGUCUGUGGUUUUAUUUUAUCUUUAACACUCCCAAUUCAUGCCAAGAAUGAUAAAAACUGGGUGAACAAACCUUAGUGUGCUACAUUGCACAAUUAUAGUAAAAAGCAAUAUUUGUAUCAAAACUUCAGAACCUAUAGCAUGAGUGGAAAAGUAUCAGUAAAAGCUUCAACUAUUAUUUAUGAUUAAGGAUUAUUUACAAUUGUUGGAAACAAACAUUAAGCUAUUUAGUAAUAAUUAACCGAAUCCAAUACUAAAAGGUGCAACCAAGAAUA